UAAUUUUGCGAGACUCUGCUAAAAGUCUCUCUCUUCAAAGGGGAAUGAAAAAUGAAUGAAUAAAGAAUGAAACGUCUUCAUCCAUUUUCUCUUCGGAAACAAAACUUGUUGGAAACCUUAAAAAAUAAAAACCAUGAUUUUGUUCUUCGUAACUGGUAACUCGUAACACACACAACACAAACCUCAUCCAAAGAAGAAGAAGAAGAAGAAGAAGAAGAAGAAGAAUAGUCACUGAAUCUUAAACUCACACGACACGAAGAGCUAUGGAUAGGCAUGAUGAGCAAAACUCCAAUCCCUUCGCAACCACCGAUUCCGAUUCCGAUUCCGACUCGGUGAGUUGCUUCGUCACCGAUCUCUUCGAAACUCGCUCUGAGCCUUCUCGUCAUUGCUCCUGCGGUGACGUCAACAUAAACCCCUUCUCCGGCGUCGUUUGCGACCUUCACGGGGAAGCAUCGUUAGGGUUAGGGUUUGGAGCUGAAAUUGGAUCCCAAAAUGACAAUCACAGUGGUGUUUUCGAUUUCUCGAUAGGUGAUAAUAAUGGUUUGGGUGGGCUUAGGGUUGUUGGAUUCGGAUCCGAUUCGGAUUCGGCUGGAGAGGAAGGUGAGCUUGAUCGAGCUAUGGAGGAGUUCGGUUCUUCUGGUGUGCGUGGUUUUAGUGAUGAUGAUGAUCAUAGGGUUGAUGGUGGAGGGUUUGAUGAUUUUGAUGUUAGGUUGUGUUGGGAUAGUCUCUGUUUGGAGGAUCAGAGGACCUUGAAUGAGAGUUUUGAAUGGGAGGAGGUAGAGGAGAGGGUGAAUGAUAGGGAAGAUUCCAGUUUGGUGAUUGAUGAGGUUGAGGUUGAUGAUCAAUCAGUGGCGUCCGGGUUUUCGCACAGCGAGGAUCCCGGCGAGGAGGCGUUGAGGUACCUGGAGUGGGAAAUUCUCUUGGCUGUGAACAAUUUGGAGAGGAAUUCAAUCUUGGAACAUGAAGCCAAUGUGGAUUCUUAUUUAGCAGUUGGGGAUGGUUAUAUGUACACUGCUGAGUAUGAUGUUCUGUUUGGGCAGUUUCUGGAGAAUGAGAGUGCCUUGAAGGGUAGUCCCCCUGCGGCGAAGAGUGUCGUGGAGAAUCUUCCGGUGGUUGAGUUGACAAAGGAGGAGUUGCAGGGGAAGAAUGUGGCUUGUGCUAUUUGUAAAGAUGAGAUAUUGUUGGAGGAGAAGGUGACUAGGCUUCCUUGCUCGCACUGUUAUCAUGGGGAUUGCAUUAUGCCUUGGUUGAGUAUUCGUAACACUUGCCCUGUUUGUCGAUUUGAGUUGCCUACCGAUGAUCCUGAAUACGAGCAGAGGAAGAGCCGGAUGGCUGCUCACGAGAUGGUGGAGCUUGCAAUGCAGAGGCAAGUUUGAAUCGUCGCCUCAGGUUAUAGUUGUCUUCUGUAAAUAGCAGUUUGUUUUCUCUCAUAUCCAACUGAUGGUGAGAACCAAAAAUCUUUUGUAAUUGGUUUUCAUGUUGCGCGGUGGUUUUUGAAUAAGUUUCGUGCCAUAUUAUAUGUUCUGAAUAGUCAAGAAAUGAAUGUCUGUCAAUAUUUAUUUUAUGCAAAGACAUAGUGUAUCCCAAGAAGAAUUAUGUUUUUUAAUAAACUUGUAUAUAAGUUGUCAUUAUUGGAUUUAA